AUGUCCGAGCGCGUUUCUCGUGAGGACGUCGAUCAGCUGGUCAACGGCGUUGAUUUCAACCCCAACACUCUCCUUGGCGGUCUCGAGCAGGCUCCCUUCAACGCGAACGGAAUGUCUCUCCAGGACUACCUGUUCGAUCCCAACAACGAUCUCGGCCUUACUGGCAUGGACAUUCCCCAGCUUCCUGGCCAGAGCGUGAGUAUCACCUUCAUCCCCCUUGCAGCACAACAUGAGAUGAAAGCAGCGACUGACAAACGCUUUUCGCAGGUCGAUCAAGCUUACAAUGAUGCCUUGGGUCGCUGGAUCCAGCAGCCUAUCAACCAUGAUAAGCCUGCCGACAAGCCUCAGGAACAGGCUAAGCUGAACAACGAGUUCGCGAGCGGUUUCCCUACCGCCAACCAGUUCCCUACCAACCGCUUCAUGCCCAUGAACAACUCCAUGGCCCAGAACGGUUACACCAUGCCUAUGAACGGUUACGUCCCGGCCAACAACUUCGACGUUACCAACGGUUUCGUCCUCAACAAGCAGUUCGCUGGUACCAACUUCGUCGCCGUCGGCAACGACGAUGCUUCUCAGAAGAACAAUGGUGUCAUGUCGGCUCAGGAGUUUGACAACCUUGACGAUGACGAGGUCAACAAGAUGCUCAACCUUGAUAUCUUCGAGUCCGAUGGCUCCAAGAACAACGUCGAGAAGACUUCUGCUGCUUCUGGCGUCGUCGACCCGGCUCUUGGUCUUGGUAGCACUGUCGCAGGUAACAUUUCUUCUUUCAACCUUGGCAACCUUGCCAGUGGUCUUCCUACUCCCACUCCCGCGAAGAACGGCUUCGUCAAUGUUGUCGCUUCUACCCCCAAGGGUCACGGCAAUGGAACCCAGUUCCAGCAGCCCCUUCCCGCUACCCACAACGUUGCCAAGACUCCUGUUUCCAACAUCGACCCUUCUCUUGUUGCUCAGUCCGCUCAGCCCGCUCGGCCUGAGCAGAUGUACGACGAGAAUGGUCGUCCCAUUGUCGCCUUCACUGCCGCUCAGCUCGAACAGCGCAAGCAGAAGCAGGCCAACCAGCCCCAGAAGAGCUUUACUCCUCAGGCGGCGAUUCAUCCUCGCCAGCUUCCUGUUCAGCCUGUUCGCCGCAUCGGCCAGCGCUACUCUGCUCCCCAGCAGAACAUUGUCAACACUGAGCAAGCUGUUCACCUGAACAAGCAGCACCAGGUUCUUCAGCAGAACCAGCAGGUUCUCCAGCCUGUCGCCCAGGUCAACCGCCAGCAGGCUCAGCCUGUCACUCAGCGUGCGCCUGUGCAGGUUCAGCAUCCUGUCGCUGCUCAGCAGCCUGUUGCUAUCCUGCAGCACAUCGCUCCUCAGCAACCUGCUCUCGUUCAGAACCAGCCUGCUCCUCACCAGGCCCAGCAGCAAACUCUUCGCUUCCCUCAGGUGUCCGCAUCUCCUACCAAGAGGACUUUCAAGAAGGCUACGAAGGAGACUGUCCCGCAGACUCCUAAGCGGAUUGGGAAUAAGAGCUUCAUUACUGUCCACAAUGAUGUAGCCUCGCGAGCUGUGCCUGCCCCACGAGGCCGCCCGCGUCUGCCGGACGACACGGAGGCCGAGAGCAUGUUUCUCUCUAUUGCGCAACUCUCUGCACAGCAGACUCCUUCCCUGAAGAUCAUCGAAGAGGUUGGACAUACUCGUACCAAGACACCCACGGCCCCCAAGGCACCUACAGCCCCCAAGAAGUCUACUGUUCCCAAGUCUCGUGCUUCUGCCAAGCCCACCGCUAGCAAGGCUCCUGUUCCUGUUCCUGCUCCUGCUCCUGCUACGCAGACUGUCGCCCCCAAGGUUCCUCAUCCGGCUGACUUCAACAAGCCCCAGGAUCCUCCUACCCGCGACACAGAGGUUCGCGAGCCCAGCUGCGGUUACAAUCUCGCCGAGCUUCACAAACUCGGUGGAGACUUCCUGACCCAGAAUGGAAUUGACCUUGUCAAGCGAAUGGAAGAGGCCAGAAAAAAGGAAGAGGCUAGAAGAAAGGCUGCUGGUCUCUCUCCCCUCCCUCCCCUCGAGGACGCUUCUGCUGUUCAUUAUGCUUCUGCCACCGAUGCCUCUGCCACCGACGAGGCUUCUACAACUGACGAUGCUUCUCUCUCUUCGGCUCUUGACAACGCUUCUGAUCUCGAGGAGUCUUCUGCCUCUGAGGUUGUUCCCACUGCCACUCGGGUCAUCACCAAGAUUCCUUCUGAGAUCGUCGUGUCCAAGAAGAAACGUGGUAAGCAGUCUGCCGUCACCGCUGAGGGUGAGGGUUCUUCUUCUCAGCCCCAGCGCCAGUCUUCUCAGAACGGCGACCUCAACCGCAAGUCGAGCGACCACGAGCAACCUGCCUCUGGAGACAACAUCGACCCUCAACUCAAGGCUGUUUCUUCCAACGAUGAAGGUUCCAAGACCACUCAGGAACUCAUCCGCACCAUCGCUCAUCAGACAUACCUGCUCGGUGCCAAGCAUGCCCAGAACAGCAUCUUCCACAAGACCACCAAGAACCUCCGGGAAUUCGGUACGUUCUGCGGCUUCCAGUUCCAGCUUCCUGAUGGUGUCAGCCUCGAAAACGCUGUUGAUACAUGCCGAUCUACCAUGGAUGUGCUCCCAGAGAUGGAAAAGCAGAGCGGUGUUGCCGUUGCUGGAGUUCUCAUUGGGAACAAGCGUUUCCAACAGCACAUUGUCCCAUCUGGCACCGAUGCCAUCACUUCCCCUGCUUCUUCUCCCGCGAGCGACAUGAUUGCCGACAACGAGAACGACAUCGUCAGCGUCUCCAAGGAGAUUCAGCCUCAGACUAUUGAACAGCCUCAGAUCAUCGAACAGACACAGAUCAUUGACAAGACCUCUUCCACCAAGGUCACCCCCACCAAGACCACUGCCAACAACAAGCGCAAGUCCGAUACCGAGGACCGCACCAAGGCAAAGAAGGCUCGUACCGACAAGUCUGAUGUUCCCACUGUUCAGCCCAGCAUUCAGUUGAUCCUGCCCAACGCCCCCCUCAUCACCACCAAGCCUCAGUCUACCGAGGUCACUGAGUCUACUCAAGUCACUCAGCCUGCUACCGAUGCUAUCACCAAGCCUGUUGCUGAGGUUUCUGACACUGAGAUGGUUGAUGCCCCUGCUGAGUCUUCGCGCAACGUUGACUACCGCUUCGGUCUUGGCAUCUCUUUCGACUUUGAGACUGGCAUCGAUGAGUCCAAGACUGCUGCUGAGCUUGAGACUACUACUGAGCCUGAGGCUGCCCAAGAGAUUGUUCAGCCUGAGAUCAUUGCCCAGCCCGAGACCGUUCUCUGGCCUGAGUCCGAUCCCAGGGACAACCUCGCUCUCCCCCCGGACAUGUUCAUGCGCGGCGCUGACGGACCACUCCUCGCCCACAUUCAAGCCGCCCUCGACGAGAAUCGUCAGUCACACCAGACAGUCGAGGAAGGACUAUUGCUCCUCCAACAGACGAUGAACCAGGAAGAGGAGCAGGCCAACCCUCAACAGGACGAGGAAUUUCUCAACCUCUGGGGCGAGCCUAUUGUCCCUCAACAGGAUGAGGAGCAGUUCGGCGUCUACGGCGAGCGCAUGCAGGAGGAAGAGGAGCGAUUCAAUCUCCUCAGUGAGUGCAUCAACCAGGAGGAGCAGCUCGACAUGUUCGACCGGCCCGUGCCCGCCGACCCUUGGAACGCUGCCAACUGGCCCCAGUGGUGA